AUGCCCCUAAAUGAAGGGGGAAAUGUGCCGCGGCGCGCUCUAUUAAUCAGACUGUCAAUUUCACCCCCGAGGCCAAACCCCCGGGCGAGCAGAACAGGCUCCGAGCGGGCAAAGGACCGGAGCCUUCCUCCUCACUUGUCUCUUCUCGCCUCCUACCUGGAUCUAUUUGUCUGCUCUGAAGCUGCCUUCAUUACCCACUGACAGGAGCGUGUAUUUAUUUGCUUAUAAACCUGUUACAAUAAAUGAUUAUUCGAACAGCGUCAUUCGUACCUUAAUGACGAGCGGGCGCUACUUUUUGAUGAAUGACAUCUCGGGCUCGGAAGGAUGUAUGGGUCAUUUUGACCAGUCAUUCCCUCGCUCUGGCAUCCCACAAUUUUUCCGCCUCCCUCCGAAAGAGAUAAUAAUAUUUAGAGGCGUUCGCUGGGGCUGAAUGAGAAUUAGCCCUAGGCGCAGCCUAUCAUUAGGACGGGACAGUAGGGCCACUGUGACAUUUUUAAGAAAGCUGAGAUGAUGGAAAGAAUAAGAAAAGAGAUGAUUCUGAUGGAAAGAGGGCUGCACAGCCCUACGGCUGGCAAGAGAUUCUCCAAUUUGUCCGACUCGGCUGGCAAUGCUGUGCUCGAGGCCCUGGAAAAUUCGCAGCACCCGGCUCGCCUCAGCCCGCGCCUGCCGUCUGCCCCCCUGCACGGCGCUCUGGGAGACCUCCCCGCCAAGGGCAAAUUCGAAAUAGACACUUUGUUCAACCUGCAGCACACGGGCAGCGAAAGCACCGUCUCCUCCGAAAUCUCCUCUGCCGCCGAGAGCCGCAAGAAGCCGGGCCAUUAUUCAGAGGCGGCCGCCGAGGCCGACAUGAGCAGCGACGUGGAGGUGGGCUGCUCCGCGCUGCGCUCCCCCGGUGGCCUCGGCACCGCUCAGCUCAAGGAAAACAAUGGCAAAGGGUACGCAGAGAGCGGCUCGGCUGCCGGCACCACGACGUCGGCAUCGGGCUCAGGCCUUGGAAGCCUGCAUGGAGGCAGCGGAGGCAGCGGCGGGGGCGCGGCGCUGGGUGGCUCCGGCUCUGGCGCGGAUCAAGUGCGGCGCUACCGUACGGCUUUCACCCGCGAGCAGAUCGCGCGCCUGGAGAAGGAGUUCUACCGGGAGAACUAUGUGUCGCGGCCCCGCCGGUGCGAGCUGGCCGCGGCGCUCAACCUGCCCGAAACCACCAUCAAGGUGUGGUUCCAGAAUCGGCGCAUGAAGGACAAGCGGCAGCGCCUGGCGAUGUCCUGGCCGCACCCAGCGGACCCCAGCUUCUACACCUACAUGAUGACGCACGCGGCCGCCACCGGAAGCCUGCCCUACCCCUUCCACUCGCACGUGCCGCUGCACUACUACCCGCACGUGGGCGUCACGGCGGCGGCGGCCGCGGCUGCAGCCUCUGGUGCGGCGGCCGCGGCUUCGUCGCCCUUCGCUACUUCCAUCCGGCCACUGGACACCUUCCGCGCCCUCUCGCACCCCUACUCUCGGCCGGAACUGCUAUGUAGCUUCCGCCACCCUGGUCUCUACCAGGCUCCCGCGGCCGCCGCAGGGCUCAACAGCGCGGCCUCGGCCGCCGCGGCCGCGGCCGCAGCAGCGGCUGCGGCCUCCUCCGCGGCGGCGGCCGGAGCGCCCCCCAGCGGCGGCUCUGCACCCUGCUCGUGCCUCAGUUGCCACAACAGUCAGUCGGCGGCAGCAGCCGCGGCAGCAGCUGCCGCAGCCCUGGGCUCCCGGGGUGGCGGUGGCGGCGGUGGUGGCGGCGGCGGCGGCGGGGGCGCAGGGGCCGGAGGAGGCUCGGACUUCGGCUGCAGCGCGGCGGCGCCGCGUUCCGAGAGCGGCUUCCUGCCCUACUCGGCCGCAGUGCUUAGUAAGACGGCCGUGAGCCCGCCGGACCAGAGGGACGAGGCUCCGCUCACCAGAUAACUACGUCGCCACCGCCAGGGGGCCGUGCCCGCCGCUCUGAGUGUGCCCGGGAGUACCCUGUGAGCCCCCUGAACCCUCCGCGCGCUGCCCGCUGCUACCGCUGCCGCCAGGGGGCGCCCCGGGGUGCAGGAGGCCGAAGGGAACCUGCCCCGAAUUGGGGGAGAAAGAGCAGGCGGAGAAGCCUGGCAGGCAUCCCCCUAAAUUAUUUCUAUUUUUGUAUUUGCCACCCAGCCGUUCGCCCUUCUCUGUUUUCUGGCUCCCAGGACCCACUUGCCACCUCUGUCCUGAGCGCUUGGUUCCCCAAAGACAAACCCGUCGCCCCCUAAGCUAGUUCUGGCUGUGCGCUCUCAGGCCCGGGUUGCUUGGCUGAACCGCGUGGCCGGAAGCAGCGGAGAACCACAACAAAGACAGAGGGGGAUGCUGUGU